AUGCAGCUGGGGCCCACGUCCGUCUCGAGGUUCAGGCUUCGUCAACGCACUGCUCUGUCCGAGCGCUCGGGAGGUUCCCCCCAGUCGACAUUCGUUGUUACUUCGCGGGACGCGAGCAACGCGAGCAUCGGCAGCGGCGAGGGGACGGGCGAGGAGGACGACGACUCCAACGGCAAGAAGAACCAGAAGAAGCGCGGCAUCUUCCCCAAAGUGGCCACCAACAUCUUGAGAGCGUGGCUGUUCCAGCACCUCACGGUGAGUACCCGCCGCGCCGUCUCUCCUAAACUGGCGUUCAGCGCUUUCCGUGCUUUCAUCCCUCAUGUUCUCGUGGUUAUACUUCUGUGGGCUGGAGGUGUAGGACACCAUGUCCAAUUUUGCCCGAAAUGA